AUGGUUAGUGUUAGCUGUAUUGCCGCGAUUGUAGAUUUUCUUGAUAAAAAACUUUCUUCUAGAACUAAAAUUAACAAAAAAAUGAAAUUUAUUGACGAGACGAAAAGCGUUCAAAAUCCAAUAAAUCAUGGUCCGACGUUAGUUAUUCACGGUGGCGCAGGAGUUAUGAUACGCAAAAAUUAUCCACUAAAGGAAAAACGCGAAUAUUUAAAAGCACUUGAGGAAUCAUUGAUUGCCGGCUAUAAGAUUUUAUUGGAUGGUGGUAGCUCCAUAGAUGCUGUUGAAGCGGCUGUCAGAAUUAUGGAAGAUUGCCCUCUGUUUAAUGCUGGAAAAGGGAGCGUAUUUUCAAUCAGUGGAAAGAACGAAUUAGAGGCCUCAAUUAUGAUUGGUACUCCGCUUCAUCCAGCUGGAGCAAACACACUGCUUCGCACCGUAAAAAAUCCAAUUACAUUAGCAAAAACGAUACUUCUCGAUCCGGAAUGUCGUCAUGUAUUUCUUGGUGGUUCGGAAGCUGAAAAAUACGCUAAAGAUAAGGGGUUGGAAAUUGUGGAUCCAGGCUACUUUUGGACAGAGAAACGUUGGCGACAACAUAUGGAAGGAUUAGAAAGACAGAAACUUACAUCAGAUUCGCCAAAUUCUUUGUUAUUGAAGGACGAGUUUGAUGCGAGUCCCAAAGGAACUGUGGGUGCUGUCGCUGUUGAUAAAUAUGGAAUUAUUGCCUCAGCUACUUCGACUGGAACAGAGGGUCCGUUAUAUCGAUUUUCACUGUGUAGUAGCGCACAUUAUGGUGGCUUAAAUAACAAAAAAGAUGGACGAAUUGGCGACACUCCAUUAAUCGGAUGCGGAACAUGGGCUGACAAUGAGACAUGCGGUGUUAGUGGAACUGGCGAUGGUGAGUUUUUCAUAAGAUUCGGAAUCGUUCAAGAUGUCGCCGCACGAGUGAAAUAUCUCGGAGAGAAUGUAGCUGAUGCUGCUAUAAACGCAGUUGAGGAGAUGAGAAAAGUUGGUGGGGAAGGUGGUGUUAUUGCAGUGGAUAAAUAUGGGAAUGUCGCGAUGCCAUAUAAUAGUCUGGGAAUGUAUCGAGGAUAUAUUCGUGUAUCUGAUGGGAUUCCACAUACAUUUAUUUUUAACGAUGAAUGA